AUGGAGGGUGAUAAAGAGGAGCAACCGCCGUAUUCUAUUUACGUGGGCGGCGAGCGACUUGCACUUGUAAUCGUCGCUGGCAUCGCGGUCUUUAUGUCCUCGUUCACAGUGUCGACGUAUUUUCCUGAGCUGCCGCAGAUUGCAAGAGAGCUAGGGGUGUCGAACGAGAAGAUCAAUAUCACGGUGACUGUCUAUUUUAUAAUGCAGGGACUCACUCCUAUGCUAUGGUGUUCACUCGCGGACAGUAUCGGGCGCAGGCCGGUAUACAUUGCCACAUACACAGUAUUCCUGAUUGCCAACAUUGCAAUCUCUGUCACAGACUCCUACGCGUCUCUAAUGAUUCUGCGCAUGCUUCAAGCAACCGGCUCUGCCGCAUCGGUAUCAAUUGGUGCCGGGACUGUAGCCGACGUCGUCGAUCGCGAAUCGAGAGGACUCUAUCUCGGUAUCGUGGUGUCCAUGUCAAUGGUCGCGCCAGCAAUCGCACCCGUACUUUCUGGCGUACUUUCUGUCUCAAGCUACGGCUGGCGUACGAUUUUUCUUUUCUUACUGGCUCUCGGGUUUGCAGAGCUUAUGGUGAUUUUAGUUUGGAUGCCAGAGACAGGGCGGAACAUUGUCGGCAACGGUACAGUCGCGCCCAAGAAGUGGUACUCAAAGCCUCUGAUUGAUAUAAUCAAAAAGAAAGAGUGGCCCCCGGAGAAGGAGCAGCGAAGCACACUUGCGCCGCCGCGGCCGAUGCAAAACCCGCUUAAAUCGUUCCUCAUUAUCACACAGAAGGAUGUCUGCGUGACUCUCCUCAUGUGCGGAAUUUUCUACGCAAUUUACUGCGGUGUGACUGUCGGUGCGUCGUCCAAUUUUGCCGAGGUUUACAACCUUCCGACGUUGAAAGUCGGUCUCUGUUUCCUGCCCUUGGGGUGCGGGUCUGCCUCCGGCUCGGUUCUUUCUGGACGUAUAAUGGACUAUGAUUACCGCAAGAAAGCAGCAGAGCUGGGCUACAAUCUCAACCAAAACGAUAAUUUUCCGCUUGAGCAUACACGUUUGAAGCGGUUGCGGUAUUACAUUGUCCCGUUUUUUGGCGCCAUGAUUGCCUUUGGCUGGACCUUCCGCUCUUCAAUCUCCCUCGCGGUGCCGCUUGUCAUGAUCUACUUUGUCGGAUUCGGCUUCAUGUCGAUCUACACUCUCACGCAGGUACUCAUCACAGACCUGUACCCGAACCAAGCCGUGAGUAUAAACGCUACAAACAACCUCGUCCGCUGCUGGCUCGCAGCCGUAUCAGCGGCCGUUGUGUCGAUAAUCAAAGCCAGGAUCGGAAUCGCAUGGACGUAUACUUUACUCGCGCUGCUGUGCUUCGCCGGCGCCCCGUUCUUGUUUGCAGAGUUGAAGUGGGGCCCGCAGUGGAGAAGGGAGAGGAAUGCAAAGGCGCGAAUGGCGGAGGAGGAGAAAGAAGCUGCUGAGGAACGAGCGCUCUCGGCCGAGGAUGUAAACCAAGUCCCGGAUAAACAGGAUGAUGUCGAUGGUUCUGAUGAAAAGGGUGCAAAGUAG